AUGGACGGCCCUGGUACAAUGACAGUGGUUGACUACAAAUACGUCCCUGUCAAAGUCAAAGCACAAAUAGACAUAGAUAGUGCCGUAAAAUGGUCUGCUCCUGCAAUAUUUGUAUUGCUCAUAUUCAUUGCAUGGACUUUGAAGAAGACAUGCAGGACAAAUAAGAUGCUGAGAUCGAUGAGACAACAACGCGCUCAGUUUGACGCCGAGAUGCAGGAGCAUGAGCAAUACGAAGCACUCGUAGCAGAACGAGCGCGCAGCGAAGAGUUACCAAGAGUGCCAGCGCCAGCAUACACGGUGACUGACGAAGAUAUUGAGCCGUACAUGGACGCGACAAGAAGUUGGCCGAGCUUCGAGCCACCGCCAGCGUAUGGACGAGAGGAGUUUCUGGGUGAGAGAGUCUGGUAUGGCAUUGUGAAUCGCUCUCAUAGUACGAGCAGAUAA